AGCAAGAAUAAGUGCACAUGUGAUCUGUAAUCAAGGUUUCCAGUACUGUUGUAUUGGACUUGUCAGCAUGUAAGAUAGUUCCUGAAACUCUAUCAUAUAGCUAUGGGUGAAGAUGGCGAACUUCCUUCAACCAGCAAAGAAGAAAAUCUAGAGGCUUCAGAAUCGAUUGCAUUGUAUGAAAUUUCCUUAGAAACUGUGGAUGAUGAAGAUGAAGAAACUGACAGUAUUCAAUCCUUGAAACAUGCAGCUAACAGGCUUUUGGGGGCAGAUGAUAUUAUUAAAUCAGAAAUUGUAUCAAGCGCAUUUACUUCAGAAAUUGCAAUUGACCAAACAUGGGGUGAAUGGAUGCAGGAACUCCCUGGAUCAACAUGGAUCAAAGUACGUACAUUCGGAAAAGUCCAAUGGAGAUGGUCAAAAAACUGUGUCCAUUAUGCUCAUUUGCCAGAAUGGUUAAAAGAUAACAGAUUUCUUCUCCGGUGCAACCGUCUACCAAUUUACAGUUUUACUGGUUGUAUGCUAAGUGCAUUCAGAAUCCACACUGAAACGGGUAACAUCUGGACUCAUCUCAUUGGUAGCCUUCUGACAGUUGGAUAUUGUAUUUAUGCUUUUGCUUCUCGUUUACACAAGUUGCACUGGACUGAGCAGCUGGUCUAUGCAGCAUUCUUCCUUGCAGCCUCCUUGUGUAUGGGAUUCAGUUGUAUUUUCCAUGCUGUUAUCAAUCAUUCCCCGAAAGUUUUCAAGUUGUUUAGUCGUCUGGACUACUCUGGAAUUUCUCUUCUUGUUAUUGGAAGCUAUAUGCCUUGGUUGUACUACUCUUACUUCUGCCAUCCAACCAUCUAUGUUGUCUACACUGUUGUCACCUGUGUCAUGGGUAUAUCAGGGAUAUUUGUGUCUCUUUGGGAUGAGUUUGAUAAGCCUAAAUACCGAAAUGUUAGGGCAGGUGUUUUUCUUACAAUGGGUCUCUCAGCUGUAGUACCUGCUUUUCAUUAUGCAAUUAAAUUUGGCUGGUCUAUUGCUCUAGAUAGAGCGUCUUUAGGAUGGAUGAUAUUGAUGGGCAGUCUGUAUGUUUUUGGAACCAUGCUGUACAUGUUUCAAAUCCCGGAAAGAUGGUUUCCUGGAAAAUUUGAUAUUUGGGGCCAAAGUCAUCAAAUGUUUCAUAUAUUUGUUUUGGUUGCUGUGUUUGUUCAUUACCAUGGUAUUUCUGUUUUAGAAGCGAAUCAUACUGAGGAUAUUCUUAAUAACCGAGUUUGUACAGAUAAUAUUUUAAAUACUACUACAUUUGGUUGAGAUUGUUACACAACAGUUAGCAGUAUACACAUAUGAGAAGUUUACUUUAGAAAAAUGUGAAAUCAAUUGAAUGUUGACCCCAAGAUUUCAUAUGAUGAAAGGUUUCACAUGCUGGCUUUUGCCGUUCCUCAGUUAUGUUUUCUGCAAGCUCUUCAUGAGACAUUGUUUUAAGUUGGCGCAUCCUUUCUGUACUCUGCUAAUAUCUCAUGCAUUUAGAUCUGACCCCAUAGAUUUUACUAUGAUUUAAUAAGAUAUGCUUCUAUUUUCUGCAACUGUAGUAACUUAAUUUAGAUGGUCUUGUAUUGUGAAAUUGUAUAAUUGAUAAUUAUAUUAUAUAUUAUUAUAAUAUAUUAUACUUGAAACCCGCUAGUCAAAAUGCCACUUUAAAAUAAGUAUGAUGUUCCGAUUUCUUCAUAUGGAGUAUGGACCCACUGUGACCCGUCUACAAUCUUUUUUAAUUUAUUCCCGAUGACAACUAAGUUAAAAGUAUUCCCUAGUUAAACUUUUUACCGCAUCAAAAAAUAUCAAUCACAACCAAAGGUUUUGUGAUGUAUCUAAUAGUGACU